AUGCCCAAUCAAGAUGUAAUGGAGAUAAAAGAUAUUAUGAAUCCCGCAGAAUUAUUGCGGGAUGACAAUGAACAUGACUCUGAUGGCUCGGUGAUGCCAGCAAUACAAUUUCUUGAAAUGGGAACUAGUAUUAAUGAAAUGGGACCAAGUACCAGUGCAAUGGGACAAAGCACCAGUAAUAUUGGACUAAAUACUAGUGAAGAACUGGAAAUUCAGUUAAAGAUAUUUGACAAGGAAUUUAAAGAAAAUAAAGAAUUCCCACAACAAAUGUUAGAGACACCAAAAAACAGUUCAUUAGAGAGGGCCACUGCUAAGUCUAAAAAUAGCCCGAAGGUAUUUAAUUAUAACUUCUGGUAACUAAAUAUUGGAAAAUGUUUAUUUAUUGUUAUUUUUUGCAGAUAGGAAAAAGUAAUUUAACAGAGGGGGCUGCUGCAAAGGUUUCUAAGGAUGAAGAAUACAUAAAAAAUAUAACAGAAUAUUCACGUGAGUUAAAAGAAAAAGAGCACAAUAGGCAUAUGGAAAUUAUGGAACUCCAACACAACAGGCAAAUGAGGUACAUGAGACUAAAACAUGAAAUGGAAAAAAGGGAACACGAAAUUAAAAUGAAGGUUCAAGCGGAACUUUUGAAACAUGCUUCAUUGAAGACAAAAAUGUUAGAGGCAGAAUCACAAAAUAAA